AUGACCGGCGGGGCCGGGGCCGGGGCCGGGAUGGGGCAGCGUGAUCGCAUGUUCAAGGUGCUGGUGGUCGGGGACGCCACGGUGGGCAAAACAUCGCUGGUGCAGCGCUACGCGAACGACAGCUUCAACCGGCACUACAAAUCCACCGUGGGAGUGGAUUUUGCCCUGAAGGUGGUUCAGUGGUCGGAGUCGGAGACGGUGCGGCUGCAGCUCUGGGACAUCGCAGGACAGGAACGUUUCACAUCCAUGACCCGCCUGUACUACAGGGAGGCCUCAGCCUGUGUCAUCAUGUUUGAUGUCACCAACAUCAGCACCUUCAGCAACAGCCAGAAGUGGAAGCAGGAUUUGGACAGCAAGCUCCUGCUGCCAGAUGGGAAUCCCGUGCCCUGCCUGCUGCUGGCCAACAAGUGUGACCUUUCCCCCUGGGCAGUGACAAGAGAAGAAGUGGAUCGGUUCAGCAAGGAAAAUGGCUUUUCGGGAUGGGUGGAGACUUCUGUCAAGGAAAACAAGAAUAUCAAUGAGUCCAUGAGAGUGCUGAUUGAAAAGAUGAUGUCCUCAUCCACAGGUGAUGGAAGUUCCUCCACUGCUGGGAGUGGGGAUUAUAUUAACUUAAAAGAGACCUCCCCACCAGGCUGGGCGUGCUGUUAGAGCCCCUGACACACCAUCUCCUGGGGUCUAGCAGUGAUGGUCCUUUUAUCAUCAUCGUCAUCAUUUCUCCCUGAACUGGCUCUCGCUGGUUUUGGGGUGGUUUUUUACAAGCUCAUGGGCUGUUUCUAUAUAGUGAAUAUUCUGUCUCAGCAGAGCAUUGCUACAGUGACUGGAGUGAGGAGUGGAAAGGAGUGGGAAGAUUCCUCUUUUUUCCCAGCGUAGCUGGAGCUCUGAUGCAGCACAGUCCAUGUCCAAGCUCAGGGCUUGGAUUACAUUUGUUUUUUUUUAAAUUUUCAAGCACUUCACCUUCUGCCAGGUGCUGGCCCAUCCUGGGCUGCUGAAGGUGUGUUUUUAAUACUGUUGCACCUUUAUCCCCCACCACCUGCACCCCCACACCCAGAGGCAGCAGCCCAAGGCACUGCAGUGACCUUGGCCCACACACAGAGUCCAGGAGGAUUCCCUGUGGAUUCCCUGUGGAUUCCCAGCGUGGGAUUCCAGCUCCUUCCUCCGUGCCCUGGAAUUACAGAGUCUCCCCUGGAGAGACCCAACACAUCCCAUCGUCAUCCUGAAGGUGUGAAGGGGGAUGUGGAUCACCGUGGUGCCCGUGGAGCUGUGAAGGUACCAGGGGGAAUUUGGGAGGUGGUGCAGCACAGCCCCUCACUGUCCUGCCUUCUGACUGUGCUGUUCAACAGCAGAGACCCCAAAUUCCAGUCAGGAACUGCCCAGCUGCCUCCUGUCCUCCCUCCUCUCUCCCCCUCUGGCACAAUCCCAUUAUCCUGCUGUGCCGUCCCUUUAUUGGGGCACGGGGAGCUGGAGGAGGGAUGGGCUGUAAACCCCUUUGUGUGCCAGAACAAGAGUCCUUUUUGCACUUUUAGCACUCCCUGUAUCCCCACACCACCCCAAACAGCCUUGCAACUGCUGAUGAAUUGCCUUCCCACCAUUAUCCUGCAGCCAGGGGGGGAUUUGGUGGCAGGGCUGGUGUAGGAAACAGCUCCCUGCAAACCCCCCCGUUGCUUUUAGAGUGGGGGAGAAGAGGAGGAGCAGACUUUGUGGGACAAAAAGGAAAUGAAGAAACCCCUCCCCUACUUCUCUUUGGUGCCUCCUUCCCCCCCCCACGUACCCCAGGUACUGGUUGUGGGGAAAAAACUGGUGCCCAAAAAUUGGUACAAGCACAGCAGAGGUGUCAGGAGAGCGAGGAGGAAACUCAGCCUGCAGGGCUGGAGUUAAAAUGCUGCGUGGGUUUGAGAUGGUUUUGAUAUUCCAUGACCCUGGGAUGCUACAGAAUUGUCCUGCCCAUGUUUUAGGUUUGGAUUUCAGCAAAUGGCCUUCAGUGACGUUUUUCCCUUGAAAACAGGGCUAUAAAUUGCUCUGUCCUGAUUCCUGGUGAAUUAGGACUGGUUUUCUUUGGCAAAUUAUUCCUCCUGCCUGUCUUUUCUUACUCUGUGUAAUCUAUGGAGGGAGAAGGUGGUAGAACAGGAACCAAUUGCCUUCACUGAGCAUAAAAAAAUCUGAGUUUUCCUUCUCUGAAGCUGAAAAUAAUUGAUGAGUGAACAGUGAGGGUUAAGAAAUUUAAAACCAGUGCUCCGCUGUUUUAAUUAAAAGCUGAAAUACCUGGGCUAGAAUUGUGUCAUGCAAAUAUUGCCAAAUUUGGGGCUAGGGGUGCUUAAAUACCCCCUUUUCUGUGCUGCUGUUUUCACUGUAGAAACAUGGAGAACUGGCUAGCAACAAAAUUGAAGUGCCUUGCUGAAUUUUACUUUGCUGUGUUUAAAAAAAAAAAAAAAGAAAUAGGAAAGAAAAUGGGUUUUAAUCCUAUAAAUAUUUCUAGUUCUUUGUGGAACAUGAGGAGACGUGCCUGAGUUUUUAAAGGGUCUGUCACGAAACUGUUAAGAUUCAGGUGUUAUUUAUUGAUUUUUUUGUACGUGCACCUUAAAGUGUUUUGGCAAAGAGACCAAGUCUUGGAGCCUGAAAGGUGGAGAAACCCCUGCCCAGGACUCACCCACUGCUCAGCCCAGCUUGGCACUGGAAAUUCCCAGUUCCUGUUCUGUCCAGUUAUAGAAUCCCAGGAUGGUUUGGGUUGGAAGGGACCUUAAAGCUCAGCUCAUCUCCUCCCACGGGCAGGGACACCUUCCACUAGCCCAGGUUGCUCCAAGUUUAUCCAAGGUGGCCUUGGACACUUCCAGGGCUGGGGCAGCCACAGCUUCUCUGGGCAACCUGUGCCACCCUCACAGGGAAUUCCUGGCCAGAAAAACCUCUCUACACCUUUCACUUUAAUACCCACCAGUGCCUCUUUGGUGCCUGAACCUUUAACCUGCACCUUUUCUUUCAGAAGUGCCUUUAAGACUCGAGCAAAAAGCCAAAGGAAGGUGUGUUGGGUUUUUUUUUCCUCUUCUGCAUCAUUUCUGUUUGCCCAGUGGUUUCCAGUCCCGGUGUGAGCCUUUGGGGGGGGGGGUUUAUUUUGCACACUUACUGUUGGUUAACAUCUGACACGGGAGACAAAUGUUUAAAAAAAAAAAAAACCCCCCAAGCUGCACACCAGAAACAGCCGUUGCUCACGUGAAACCCCAAGCAGACAGGAAAACGAUUUCCCUGUGCAGAUGUGUGUGUUUGCAGAGAUCUCUCUGGGGCACAGGGGGCUUAAAAAAAACCCAGGCAAAACAAACCCAGCAACCCCCUGGAUUUAGUUUGGUAAAAACAGGUUCAAAAAGCCCCGUCAAAGGUGCUCUUUCUGGGCUGGGCAGCGUGGAAGGGACGUGGGCACGGGCUGUGCCAGCUGGAAUUAAGUCUUGUUUUUAAAACAACUGAAAGGGAAGG